CGGAAAAUGACAGUAAAGUUAGUAGAUUGAGUGAGCUGUGAUGUUGUACUGACGAGCCCGUAAUAAGUUUGAGAAAAUUGCUAUUCAUCCAUUCAGAAACACAAGUAAGACAUUGUGUCAGUGAAUCAAGAGAGUCAGGGUCAUCAGGCGCUAUUGAUAAAUACAGCUGUAUGUCAGUAGCAUAGCUCUGAAGUACAACAUGGAGGAGAGAAGUGCAGUUAACCAAGAGUCUCUUAGAUUGGGCUAUACAUCUGAUAAGGCAUGCACAGAAAAAGAGAAUAAGGAGAAAGAAAUGGAGAAUAAAGGAUUACACACGGGCCUCCAUUUUAGGGAAAACUUGGAGAAGAGAAGUGCGGACAUUAAAGAAGAAGACUGUGAAUGGGAAUAUGUGCAACUUUCUCAGGACAUUAAGGUGGAGGAUUGUGAAUUUUGGGCAAAUGGCAUUAAAGAAGAGUCUGAGUCAAAACACGGCAGCCUCGACAUUCAGAAAAAUGAAACUGUAAUCGAUGUGAAAGAAGAAGACAUUAAACUGGAGUCUGUCUCCCAGUAUGUGUGUCCAGAGAGAACUGGAUUAGGCUUCAUUCCAAGCAGUCAUCAGUCCAUCCAUAUGAAGUCUGAGGGUUUCGAAUCUGAUAUGAACAGGACUGGAAAAGAAUUUUGUUCAAGUCUUUCUGGAGAAGGUAUUUAUGAGUGUACAGAGUUAACAGAAGAGAAAAGAAAAGAAAUGCUGCGAUGUUUACCAGCACAGCAAGCCAUUAAAAGAGCCCUAAUGCUAAUCUCCGAUGACGAGUCCGAGAGUGACGCAGAAGCAUGCAAUGGGGAGGCAGACGAUGAACAGAAUGAGGCAGUGCUGAGUGAUACGUCUGAUUCAUCGGAUCCCGAGUAUUACAAGAAGGACCUUGUAGACGGGCAGAACUCGGAUAAAGACGAGGAUGAAGGUGAAGAGUGGCGAGCAGCUGCACAGAGUGAAACGGCACAAGCCACAUCACCUGAAACAUUAUCUUAUAAGAGCAAAAGUGGACUGGUCUGGUCAUCGUCAGAGCCCCCUCCCAUGAAGUACAUGGCCUGCAACCGUCACCACACAAAAGAAGGACCUUGUGGAAAUGCAGCUCAGGUGGAGAGUGCAAUGGAGGCACUCUUGUGCUUUAUUGACAAUGAUAUGCUCCGAAUGAUGAUAGAAAACACCAACAAGUAUGCACAAUAUUACCUGCAGUCCAAAGGCAAAGAUUCAAACUCAUGGACGCCAAUUGAUGACACUGAAAUGAGGGCAGUGAUUGGGGUCCUUUAUUUGCUUGCAGUUUACCGUGCCAAAAAUGAGUCUGUGAGGUCGCUCUGGUCUAGCGGUGUCAGUGGCAGACCGGUCUUCAGAGCUGCAUUCAGUAUCAAUAGAUUUGAACAAAUAAUGGCUUUCCUAAGGUUUGAUGAUUGGGAAACGUGCUUGACCACGAAAGCCACCGACAAAUUUGCGCCUUUUCAGUCCUUUUGGAGUGCUUUCAUAGAAAACUGCAAGAAAAACUAUGUGGUUGGUGACUGUGUCACCAUUGGUGAGCAGUUAAUACCAUUUAGAGGGCGCUGUAGCUUUCGACAGUUCAUGCCCAGUAAACCAGAUAAGUAUGGUUUGAAGUUGUUCCUUAUGUGUGACGUGGCAACAUCGUAUACCUUCAAUGGAAUGCCAUAUGUUGGUCAUGAAGGCACGCGGCGCUGCACUGGGCUGGCUGAAUAUGUGGUGAAUAAACUGGUAGAACCAAUACACAACUCUGGCAUAAACGUGACCAUCGAUAAGUGGUUCACAAGUGCCCGACUUGCAGGGGAUUUGUUAUCCAAGCACAUCACACUACUGGGCACAGUGCGCAGAAACAAAACGGAAGUGCCUCGGGAGUUUCUGCCAAGCAAAACCAGAGUGCCAGGGUCAAGUCUGUUUGGCUUUUGCCGCAAGAUGACCAUGGUAUCUUACGUACCCAAAAAAAACAAAGCAGAUAUUCUGCUUUCCUCAUUGCAUCUCAAGAAGGAGAUUGAUCAGGGGUCCAGAAAGCCCAUCAUAAUUCUUGACUAUAAUAAAACAAAAUAUGCAGUGGACCGUGUGAACCAGCUCUGUCAAUGCUACAGUGUUCAAAAAAGAACAAAGCGCUGGCCUUUGGUUUAUUUUUUCAAUUGCCUCAAUCUUGCAGGAAUCAAUGCUCUGGUUGUUUUCCUGUCAAGAUUCCCAGAUUGGGAAGCCAGACACACAAUCAAGAGGAGAAUCUUCCUUGAGAAACUUGGCCUACAGCUAUUGAGGCCCUGGCUGGAGAGAAGAAUACAGCUUUCAAGGCUGCCAAGGGCAACACAGACCGCUUUGAAGAUCUGUGGUGUGGAGAAAGUUAAACCGGUGAUAGUGGAAGAAAUGCCUAAAAAGCGCAGAAGGUGCCACAUAUGCCCAGCAUCACUGGGCCGCAAAACAGUUGACUGCUGCAGUGUGUGCCUGGAGCCAUGCUGCAAUGAUCAUAAAACCAUAACUGUGGUCUGUGACUGUUGUGCCGAGUAGCACAAUAUGACUGUGUUAAUUUAUUAUUUUGGUUUUGCAUAAAAUUAUUAAAAAU